AGCGCGGAGGCCGCCGGGACGCGGUUCAGCUCCUUCCCGGAGGCCGGCCCGCGUCCCGUCAGGCGCCGCGCGGGGUUAGCGCGGGGUCAGCGGAGGUCAGCGGGGGUCAGCAGCAGCGGUCUGAGGGCGCGGCGGACGCAGGAUGUACACGCUGCUGUCGGGCUUGUACAAGUACAUGUUUCAGAAGGACGAGUAUUGCAUCCUGAUCCUGGGCCUGGACAAUGCUGGGAAGACGACCUUCCUGGAGCAGUCGAAAACCCGAUUUAACAAGAACUACAAGGGGAUGAGUCUAUCCAAAAUCACCACCACCGUGGGUCUAAACAUCGGCACUGUGGAUGUGGGAAAGGCCCGGCUGAUGUUCUGGGACUUAGGAGGGCAGGAAGAGCUGCAGUCUUUGUGGGACAAGUACUACGCGGAGUGUCACGGCGUCAUCUACGUCAUCGACUCCACCGAUGAAGAGAGGCUGGCCGAGUCCAAGCAGGCGUUCGAGAAGGUGGUGACCAGCGAGGCGCUGUGCGGUGUCCCCGUCUUGGUGCUGGCCAACAAGCAGGAUGUGGAGACAUGCCUCUCGAUCCCUGACAUCAAGACGGCCUUCAGCGACUGCACCAGCAAGAUCGGCAGGCGGGACUGCCUCACCCAGGCCUGCUCGGCCCUCACAGGCAAAGGGGUGCGUGAGGGCAUCGAGUGGAUGGUGAAGUGUGUCGUGCGGAAUGUGCACCGGCCGCCGCGGCAGAGGGACAUCACGUAGGCGCAGCCGCGCUGCCGUCGGGACGGCUGGUCCCCUGGUGCUGGAGGAGUGGCCUCCUGUUGGCUCCCAUGCUGCUGAUCUGGGGGGUGGGUUUGCAUUGCUUUGGGGUUCUUCUAUUUACUUUGUUUUCUCGAAGACAAACUUUCCUCUAUGUCUGGAAAAGCGUAGGCAUCCGGAGAUUUUGGAGGGGAGUCUGGCAGCCCUGCUGGCCCAGGCCCUGCGGUGGCAGCCUUUCCACAGGGUGCAGCAGCGGCCUUUCGAGGCCCUUUCUAGGGGGUCUGAGGGAGACCUGGUAGGGAAUUGGGUCUCCAGUGCUCAGGCUUGGGCUGGCGGGGGGGGACAGCCCUGUGGGACCCACGGGAGACGCCGUGGCUGUCUCCGCCCCAUCGAGGAGGAGGCCCAUCAGCCAUGGCUGCCAUCUGGCUUCUGCCCCGUGACCCUAUGACCCUGGAAGUGGUCCCUGGGGCUGAUCUUGCCUUAAGGAAGACCUAGGCCAUGUCCCCAAAGGCCAGUGGGGGCCCUGGAUUGUGAUGCAGCUUCGGGACAGGGCUGAGGUGGCCUGUGGGGGAAGACAUAUACCCCACGCCUGGGCCUGGCUUCACCUCAUCUUAAUCCCCCGGGAGGGAGCUGACUGAUGCAAAAAAGCUGAGGGGGCCUUCUGGGAGUGGCUGUUUUUAUGCCCCAGCCCCGCACCUUGGGGAGUGUUUGUAGGGGGUCCAGAGCCCUUCCCCAGCCAGGAGAGAAUCCUGGAGGGGUUUUCUGUGGGGCCCUGUGUCAGUGCUGUGCUGGGCCUGCGUCCCCUGCUUGGGAGUAAGGCUGGUCCCAGGGCCCUCCCUGCACAGCCCCCACUGGGCCUGCCGGGUGCUCUGUUCCUCCUCAGUCUGGUGGUGGGCAGGAGCCGUCUGCCCAGUGCCACCCAGGGUGAGUGCAAAAUAAAGACGGCGAGUGUGGCUCUGUCCAUCCCUUCCGUCCUGGAGGGCCGAGGCUUGGCUCCUGGCUGUUGGACACGG